AUGACUUUUGUAAGACUUAUGAAUGAAGUACUUAGACGAUGUCUAGAUGAUUUUGUCCAAGUUUACUUGGACGACAUAAUUAUUUAUUCAAGUAGUUUAGAAAAGCAUUUAGAACAUUUAGGCAAAGUUCUAGAACGAUUAGAGCGACACGGGCUGACAUGUCACACAAAAAAUUAUAAUUCCACGUUGACUUGGCUACACAGAGCAAAGGACAACAAUUCAAAAUUAACUAGGUGGGCGCUACAUCUAGGUAAUUUGAAUUUUACAACGACACAUGUACCCGGGAAACACAACGAAGGACCGGACAUGUUGUCACGUUAUCCGACCGCGGGGCCCCCUGUUGACGAAGAGUUACUCGACGAUAAUCUGGUGGGCGCACCAACAACGAGAACGUCGGAUAAUACGCGGGCCACUCUUGACAAUGUUUUUGCCUUAACCGAAACAAACGGCGCGUCAAAUAAAAGGCCUUUUACGGGGGGAGGGGGAAUACAAGAGUGGCAAAACGACGACCCGUUUCUUUCAUCCAUCAUGAAACAAUUACUCAAGGAGAACGCCAGAAAAAACAAUAAGAAGUCCAGCAAGAACAACAACGAAUAUUUCAUGUUAGACGGACUUAUACGCAUUCGUAUGGGUGUAGACACACCAGCUGUAAUACCAGUAGCCAAAUCACAGCGUGUUAUUUGUUUUUACUCGCAUUUUAAGACUGAUCCAGCUGACUGGAAUAUAAGUGAAUUUACUAUUGAUUAUUUAUGUAAAAACGGCUACAGUCAAAAUUUAGAUUCAAAUUUUAGUCGAUCCAAACGACUUUAUCAGACGGUUCGUAGAGGUUCAUUCAGAAAUGUUCAUAGAUAUUUGAAUAAAAGUUAUUUUAAAACUAUUUUAAUCAAUGGGGAAAAAUGUAAAAGAAGUUAUCUUGUUUAUUCAGAAAGUAAAGGUGCAGUUAUUUGCGUUCCUUGUUAUCUAUUUCAAAAUUCUUCAGAAUUUUCAAGAAAUGGUUUCUCAGAUUGGAAAAGACCAAAAUCAAUCAACAAGCAUGAAAACUCCCUUUCACACAAAACAUGUGUAAUUAAAAUGAAAAAUAGAUCAUCAAAAUUAAAUAGGGUUGAUAAAACUCUUCAGUAUCAAGUAGAAACAGAAAAAGAAUACUGGAAAAAUGUCCUAAUAAGGGUUUGUGCUGUUAUAAAAUCUUUAACAUGUCGUGGCUUGUCAUUUAGAGGUGAUAAUGAGCAGUUUGGAUCUUUACACAAUGGUAAUUUUAUGAUGUGUCUCGAAUUGAUAGCAGAAUUUGAUCCGUUUUUGACCAAACAUAUAUCGAAUCAUGGAAAUCAUGGCAAAGGUCACACAAACUAUUUGUCUCAUAGUACAUAUGAAAAAUUUAUUAAGUUAAUGACAGUUAAAGUUCAAAAUAAAGUGGUUGAAGAAAUUAUUAAAGCUCGAUAUUUUUCAAUUAGCAUUGACUCAACUCCCGAUAUUGGUCAUAUUGAUCAACUUUCAUUUAUAUUUAGGUAUGUUAACAGUGAUGGGUUACCUGUAGAAAGAUUUUUAUGCUUUUUGGAAAAUGUUGGACACAAGUCUCAAAAUAUGGCUGAUGCAGUUUUUUCUAUAUUAAAAAAAUACAAUUUAGAUAUUUCAUAUUUACGUGGACAAUCUUAUGAUAACGCUAAAAAUAUGUCUGGCGUUUAUUCUGGUCUUCAAGCUAGGAUUCGUGAAGUUGCACCUUUGGCUGAUUUUAUUCCGUGUUCAGCUCAUUCGCUUAACUUGAUUGGAUCUUAUGCGGCUAGUUGUUGUAAAGAAGCUAAUUCAUUUUUUUGUUUUAUUCAGAAUGUUUAUACCUUUUUUUCAGCUUCUACUCACCGUUGGGAUCUACUUAAAGUUAAUUUGACAUUGAAAAAUCUAUCUGAAACGAGAUGGUCGGCGCGAUAUGUUGCUUGCAAAGCUCUUAAUGAUAAUUGGGAAAUUGUGAAGCAAACUUUAGUUGACUUAUCAAACAAUUUAAAUGAAAAAUCUAUUACAUGUAAUGAAGCUCGUGGUUUAUAUCAUGCAAUGAAUCGUCUUGAAACUACAUUUAUGUUAUUAUUUUGGGAAGACUUACUACAACGAUUUAAUGCCUUUAGUAAACUUCUACAAUCAGUUAAUAUUGAUAUAAAUGUUUUUACAAUAUCAAGAAAAAGCAUUAAAAAAAUGUGAUGUAAAUG